UAAUGAGUUAGACAGCUGCACUGUAGCUGUGUUGUAAUCCCAGUGCCCAGGAGGGCCAGAGAGAGAGAGAAGUGAGCAGCUGUGCCUUUAAAUGCCAUUUCCUUCUAUUGUAUUUGAAUGGUGAUCAGGAAAAAGGAAAUGAAAGCAGAGGGGCCGAGCUAAAGGAGUCAAUGCUGCAAAAAAAAAAAGAAGACAGCGGUUGCCUAUAUAAGUGACAGUAACACAGGCUUCUCUCUCAGACCUUCCUUCUUGGCCAGCAGGGCUCAGACAGCUGCCGGGAAUACAGAUGUGGCGGCACGGCGAUGGAGAGCGGGCAUCUGUUGGCAUCUGACGCCGGACUCUGGGGUGAGGGGGGCCAGAUCUGCUACUGACGGAUUGCGGUGCAUGGACCCGUGUGCCUGUACAAAUUAGGACAGGACCUACGGAGCCAAGACAUCACACUGUACAGAGGACAAUACACAGCAGCAAGCAAAUGUCAGCACCCAUCGAGAGGAAGAGCCUGGACCCUGCAGAUGAGCCAGUGGACGAGGUUCUGCAGAUACCACCCUCACUUCUAACAUGUGGGGGGUGCCAACAAAACAUCGGGGAUCGCUACUUCUUAAAGGCCAUAGAUCAAUACUGGCACGAGGACUGCCUGAGCUGCGACUUAUGCGGCUGCCGCUUGGGAGAGGUCGGGAGGAGGCUCUACUACAAACUGGGGCGCAAGCUGUGCCGAAGAGAUUACCUUAGACUUUUCGGUCAGGAUGGGCUUUGUGCCUCCUGCGACAAGCGGAUCAGGGCCUACGAGAUGACCAUGCGGGUGAAGGACAAAGUCUAUCACCUGGAGUGCUUCAAGUGUGCGGCGUGUCAGAAACACUUCUGUGUGGGUGACCGGUACCUCCUUAUAAACUCAGACAUUGUCUGUGAGCAGGACAUCUAUGAAUGGACCAAACUUAAUGGAAUGAUGUAGCUAGGGGACAAUGCCCCAGGAGUUUCCUGGAAUGGAUUGUGAAGUAUCAAGCAAUGAACUUACACUGUGGCAAUAACGACUGACAGUGCGUUAUCUUUUUAAAAGAAUUAGUAACAGGCUGGGCGUCCACACUGGUAUCAGCUAGCAGACGCGUCCGAUGGUUCUAAUGCUACUAUCCACCAUCGUUUACUACCAAUAAUGGUGCUUUUGGAUUUAUACAAUUAUUACUGACGGGAGUACUGGGCCUUUCUGAAGCCUGACAUGAUGCCAGCAUAUGAAG